AUUAACUUUUCUCUUAUUUUAAAUUAAUGAUUGUUUUGUUUUUCUUCUUCUUCUUGUUAACAGUUAAAGUGUAGAAUCUUAAUUUUCUCUUGUUCUUUUCUGUUGGAAACAUGUCACCUUGUCAAUUUACUCUUGCAACUUGAAGUGAAUUUGUUUCUUUUUUUUUCUCUCUCUCUCUCUGUUAAUGUUCAUCAAUUAAUUUUAAUCAACUUAUUUAGUUUAUUUUGUUUUCUUCUUAUUCUUCUUCUUCUGUUGUUCAUCAUCUUCAUCAUCUUUACUUUAUUCUUUAUUUUCACUUGUAGUGACUUAGUAAGAAGAGAUAAAGAAAAAGAAUAAAUUUAUUGUUCUAUUCUAUCUUAAAAAUAAUCCAACUCAUCCCGACGACACCCCAACAUCUUAAAUAUUAAUUGAAGGACCAAAUGGAGGAGGAAGAAUUAAGUUUACCCAGAGCUGCGAUGAAUAAACUGAUCAAAGAGGUUCUACCUGAGAUUAGGGUGGCCAAUGAUAGUCGUGAAGUGAUUCUUAAUUUGGGUAAAGAAUUUAUUCGUUUAAUUACUAAACAAGCGAAUGAAAUUUGUGAAGAAAAUCAGAAAAGGACUAUGAGCGGUGAACAUGUUCUCCAUGCGUUAAAAAAGAUGGGCCUAAAUGAUUAUAUUUGUGAAGGUGAAAGAGUUUUAAAUACGUGUAAAGGUAAAAAGAGACGACAAUCAACUAAAUUGGAACACUUGGGAAUACCAGAGGAAGAGCUAUUAAGACAACAACAAGAACUAUUUGCUCGUGCUCGAGCUGAACAAGCGAUCAUGGAACAAGAAUUACUACACAAUUCACAAUUCCAACAGCAACUGUUGGUGGCACAAUCACAAUCACAAUUUAAUCUACAAUCAACACAACCACAACCACAACAACAAGAUGAACAAAUAUUCAAUCAACCUGAUCAAUCACAACAACAACAACAAGCGCCUUCUUCCAUUCCUCCAAUUAAAGAAUCAUGAUGAUGACAAAAAUACUAAUCAUUUCUUAUAAUGAAAUUAACUUUAUAUAUAUUUAAAUAUAUCAUAUAAUUUACACAUAAAAGUCAUUAGAGAAUUUCUAAUUUCUCAAGAUUGAUUAAGAGGAAAAAUAUUUUAUUCUUCUGUAUUUAGACAACCACUUUAACAAAGAGCGAAAGAGAAGAGACAAAAUCCAAUGGAAAUCAAUUUUCGCAAUGGUGACAAUCAAGCCUGAAGAAAGGAAAUUAAGAAAUGGAAAAAUUAAAGACUCAUUCAAAUGAACUUUUACAUGUUCAUCAUUUGCAUAUCUGUGAAUUA